CGUGGUAGAGUGCUAGCCUUGAGCAAAAGAGCUCGGGGAGUGCCCAGGCUGAAGUGAAGACACAGAAAUGGCCAAACAAAUAGACACCUGUAAUAAAGGCUGAUUAUAUAUGUAAUGUAUGUUUUCCAAUAUUCCUUUCAAUUUCCCAUCUCUAAGCAUUUGCAUUGGCUCCAGAUGACACCAGAGAGGGGUUCCAAGGACAAACAGAUUAGGCUACAGAAAGUAAACAGUGACCUAGGAUGUUGCUGUCAAAAUAUGUGCUAGAAGGAUGUGGCAGUCACAGAAGGCCCUGAGAGCCAAAAUAAUUUGAGCCAGAUAAGAGGAAUAGUGACAGAUAUGCCAUGAAUGUGACCUAGGAGUGACUCCUGGAAGCAGAGAACAUGCCAGAACCUAGGACUAGCAGAUUAGGAUUGGACAAACAAGGUGUGCUGUUAACUUGUCUACAUGUACACAUUGCAAUAUAGGGUGGAUGGGAAUAUUUCUUGUGUGAGGAAGCGGCAGAGGUCAUUGGGCCUGACAGAUGACCCUGCCUCCUUCACAAUGGAAUAGAACAUGGAACCCUGAUAGCAGGCCACGGUAACUCACAGUUGGCUCAAGCCAGCUCACUUGGCCUGUGACUCAGGAACCAGAAACAUGUUCUUGUGCUGUAUUCGCAGGUCUCGAGACUCUGGUCUCAGCCAAGAGAAGGAUGGGUGCCUCAGUCAAAGCUGUAGACACUGGAUCAGUGGCAAGCCACGAAGCAACCAUCUCAGAGAUUUGUCCAAAAAGAAACCUAGGAAAUCACAAGGCGUCUCAGGCAAGUGUGCUAAUACGUUAGCCCUGACCCUGAAUGUGCCAUGCGAUAUAUGGAGCCCGGAGGCAAGCCUGCUGGACAUGUUGGUGAUGAACGUGGUCCCAGCCUACCAGAAAGGCGAUCUCUUCUAUGUUGGAAACUUCCUCCACCAUUAUAGACAGUGGGCAACAAUGGAGCAAGUGCUGGAUAUUGUGUUCAAAAAGUACAGAUUCCCGGGCCGUAACUCCGAGGAACAUGAACAAGUAAAGAACAGCCUUUGUUCCAUCUUCACCAUGUGGAUGGACUGCUAUCCUGCAGAUUUCCGAGAGCCCCAGAACCGACACCCGGUGAAAGAACUGACCCACUAUGCCAUGCUCCACAUGCCCUCCUCAGAUCUGGUCCUCAAUCUCCACGUUCAUCUGGAUGAGCUGGAGGAGAGCGGGAAGAAUGAGACCAAGAAACAGAGGAAGAAGUCCCUGUGUGGUCACCUCAGAGCUUGUUUUGGCUGCCAUAGAGCAGCUUCUCCUGACCUGCCAAGAAAGUUGCCCUCGGUGAUGUCAGGGAUGGUGAUGGAUGGAGAUCUGGAGCCAUCACUGGACUCCACAAAGCAUGUGCAUGUAGAGGGGUUGGAUGCAUUUGCAGUCAGGCCCCAAAAAGUUGUGAGUCCUGUGGAUAAGACACUGGUUCUGAACCCCACAUGUGACAGAGCUGAACUUGUAGGGACCCCAAAGAAAGAAGAAAGUAAUAGUGAUUGUCUUCCUCUGACUUUCACAGGCGGCCCAGAUCAGCUUAUAAAGGGUCAAAUCAGCACUCCUCCUGGUGUGCUGGAGGGAGUAGCAUACGUGGGGCUGAUGGAAAAUGUCCCCAGUCUGUGUUCAGGGGAACCAAUAAGUGAGGUCCCAAAGUUAGAUGCAGCUCAGGAAAGUGAAUCUGUCCUCAAAAAAUAUGUGGACAAAUCAGUCCUGCUGCAGCAGAACCAAUCUCCAACAGAGAAAUUAGAAUCUGCCUCCUCUGGCAAUUGCAGGAGCAACUCCAAUCUUUCAUGAGGAGGUAGAUCCCUUGGAGGAUUCUGAGGCAGAAUUUAUGUUUGAAGGCAAAUUAGAAGCCAACCUAGACUUAGAGCUUCCCUCCCCUCUCUCUGGGUAUAUCUGUCUUUUUCUUUUUGUCCUGAUUGUUGUAAAAUGUUCAUUCUUUUUAUUCUUCUAAAUUUAUUAAAUAUAUAUGUUUAUGUUGUACAAUUUAUGGAGGCUAAAUGCUGUGGUUUGUUUUCUUAUACAUUCUGAUGUCCCAGACACAUGAGUCCUGAGUAAAGGCAAAAUAGUGACCUGGAGCUGUCUAACAACACUUACUGGCUAUGAAGGGAACUGUUCAGUGCACUGUAGGGGCAAGGAACUCAACCCAUGCCUGCAUGGGGUGAUCAGGCCAUUACUAAAGUUCUAGGACAUAGCAAACCAGAUGUCCUUGAAAGUUUUUCUGUCUUUUGAGACUUAUGCCAGACUAAAUGUUCUGUAUGUGCGACUUUCUUCCAUUAGUGAAUUCAAGUCUGUACGCACACCCAUUUUGCUCUGUGCAAAUAUGUAAGGACAUUUCACCUCAAAAUACCACCAAAAUGUUACUUUGAGGGAAAAGUAUUUGACAAAAUACAUAGGAAAUAGGUAACAGCCAUCAUCAAUAGAAGACAGAAGACUUAGCCAGAGGGACAAAGACAUGCCAGGUGUCCUGGCCCAUCUCAAUAAUUGUAGCUUCAAGAAUGCCCUAUACUUCCUCAAGGUUCAAAUCAGCCCCUGUAGACAAAUCUGAAAGACUUAUCCAAUGAGCCAGCAAAAGUCAGGAACUCAUAGCAUGGUUGAAGUUACAUGUUUAAGCAUGGAACAAAAAGUGAGCAGGAGCUUAAGGCCCUGAGUUCAUAUUCCACUACUGGCACAAAAGAAGAAGACAUCUAGAUGUGAAAUGUGGGGAAUGGUAGCUUUAAUCCAUGGAAGCAGAAAAACAUACAAAUGGGAAUAUUACAUAUUUAAGCAAAAAGGCCAGACUUAUAAUAAACCAUUGGUGAGUAGGUGUGGGCCUGUUUAUGUUCUAUGGGAGCAUGUGGAAUAAUUUAUGAAACACCAAAUAGAUUCCAAGUAGCCAAAUGUGGAUCAGGAUGAGGUGGUACUAUGUAGUGAAUUGUGGAAGAAUAGGAUAUACAUCUUAGAUAUCCAUAUACAUUUUUCUAAAUGGAGUUGUCAGUGAUUUCUCAGUCUUCCUGUCUGUUUUUCUGUGUUUGUCUGUCUGUCU